AUGUCUGGAAAAAAGCUCAAAAACAAGAACCAGCUUUUUAAGCGGCAAAAAGUAAUCGAUGCCCGUACCAUACGGACAGAAGCUCUGAACUCGACUUCAAAUGCUGCCAACGAGCUUUCAGAAAGCGGAAGUAUGCUUAAAGUACCUGAGUUCAUGCUCUCGCGUGAAUUUGAAGUAAAACAGCUCCAACUGGCCAUCCACAAAUCAAAAGCGGUGUCUUCAACCCGAGUUUUUCAAUCUUUGCCAAGAAAACUCCGCCGUAGAACAGCUUCCCAUAACGUGAAAAGAAUACCUAAACGUCUCAGAAAUCGAGCUCUUCGAGAAAUGCGCAAGAGUGACCAAUCAGUCACCAAUGGAACCGAAACGGCGUCGAAAAAGAGGAAAUAUGGUCUCACCGCCAGGCAGUUGUAUAAGGCGCGCAUGGCUGUCAAAUUACUCCGGCUGGCAGCCAGAUCCAAAGCGAUGAAACUAGCAUUUCCAGCUGACGCCACUGCGAGUCAUCACAAGCUGCGAAAACGGAUCAAGGCGUUGCAGAAAAAUAUCAAAGAACACUCAAAAGGUAAGGUGUGCGCAACUAGAAACAAUGUUAUGGGAAGUUUAGACUCAACCGGUGUAAACGCCGCGGCUACCAAACCCACGGGUCGCAUUAAAUUUAUGAAGAGACAAAAGACAUUUUCUUGGCUGCCGACUCAUGUAUGGAGCGUCAAAAGAUCGCACAUGCUGAAAAGGUGGGGGUACCAAAUACCUUGGUCACCCACUCAAAAAUGUUUCAAUCUCACACACAGACUUGGUAACAGUGUAUCUACCUCUGACGGUGCUUUAUGUUUGGACUCGAGCUAUAUUGGAACCAUGAUUCUGGCAUGCGAAGAUCCGGAGCUUCUAAAAGAACAAAUUUCUCUACUAACCAAUAAGAGAGGUUCGCUACCGAAAUACCGAAACUCACAACAUUGGUUUGAGGGCCCAAUAUUUGAUGAGCAAGGGAUUACUCUAGGACCUGGGGAGCUACUUUGGAUCAGUUCGCAAAAAUGCAUACUUCGAAUUCACCCGGCAAUUUACGAGAGCGUCUUUGAACGAAUAACGGCACUAGGCAGGGCUGAAAUGACCGUCUACGACUGUCGUUACGCUAUCUCGAGUAUUACUCUCACCGGUGCCAAGUCGCUUAAUGCGCUUUCCCAGGUACUGCGUAGCUCAGAAACUUCCCAAUCAUACAGUCAGUUCAAAAAGUUUUCAUAUGUAGCAGAUAUUAAUCUGCUACCGCAAAGAACGAUAUUUGGUUUCGACGCAAUGGAUCCAAGGCACCUUUCAAAUCCGAAGCGACUGCUUAAAUCGAGCCCCAGUGCCGAUGAUGUAUUGAAACUUCAAUCUCAGUACCCUCAAGAUGAGAUUACAUCGAUUCUUGAUAAACUCUCCGAUUCAAAGGAACGUGAAAAUUCAUACUCCAAUCAGCAGACUUUGAAACAACUAGCAGCGCGUCGCAGAAAAAUGCUAGACUCAACAACACACACCAAUGCUAUUCCGUUUGUGAAAGAUUCGGAUCCCCUAUUUCCGGUCGUAAUCUCAAAACUUCCCAAACGCGAGGCUUGGCUUGUUCUCAUUCCAUGGUUCUGGCAGCUUCCUCUAUGGUAUCAACUGCACAGGAUUUCCCGAGUGCAUCAUAUGGGGCUACGUCAAAUACAGCAGCUAGACUUCGAAAGUGGCAGACUCUUCUUUCCAGACGAUUAUCCUUUCACAAAAGCAGGUAAUGAUGAGAAUUUGCUCAAGAGAUCUACGCAAGAAGCGCGUUGGAAACGCCAGCCGGUUGGCAAACGACUCAAUUACUCCAAGAUUCUGGGAAUACAUAUGGAAACACCGGUAAUGUUUCCUGGUGAAAUCGGGGACCCCUUCUCUUGUGACUGGCGAUUUUUACAGAUUUUGAGAAACGGCUUGUCGUACUUGGUUUCCAGUGGCGACAAUAGCUUGAGAAUGUGCGAUCCUAAGCGGACAUCUCAAUUUGACGAGUUGAACCAACGAAAGCUGGAGUAUAUCAACGAUGUCGUGGAGCUUUAUGGAGACGUCUGUGCCGAGAAAUAUAAGCCUGCUGGACUACCAAUUGAGCUGAUUAAUCAGCCGCUAUCCAAAUUUCAGUCCGAUGUACAAACAUUUAAUGGUGUGGAUCGAUCCCUGCAGCAAGAAAUUGUUUCUUGCCCACUCCCUAUCAUAGCAGUUAAGUGUUCGUUCUUGGAAAGAGGACAUCCCAAAGACUUGGCGCGGAUAUAUUCUAUUCCUGAAAAGGAUAUAAAGUACUGGCACUCGAUCUCACGGUUGCAGUCACGCGCCAACGGCAAGAGGGAUCAUGAUACCGAGCAUCCGCUUCCACACUUGUCGAACCUGAUAGGGUUUGCUACAUGUGGCACGUUCCAUUUGGGAGACGGCAAGGGCGUCUGUACGGGUUUUAUCGAUGCGCGCGAAGCCCAAGAAAAAAGUGAGGCCAAUAAUCUCGUUUUGGUCAGAAAUGUGGGCACGAACGUUUAUAGACUAGCCCAAUGGACACAAAUCCUGAUUUAA